GUGUCCGAUAAUUUUAUCUGUAACAUAAAACUAUACCCAUUUUCCCAAUAGUGCAGAAGAAGAGCGGCAGCAAGAGCAAGAAGAUUGCUACGAAACCAUGCCAUUAAUGGACACAACAACAUCCACUCUCAGAAACUUAAACCCAUUUUCCCCCUUUCGACUGCGCUCAUUCGGCCCUCAUAAUUUUCUUAAUCUUCGCCCUCAAUUCUCCCAAUUCAACCACACACAACAAAACCAUCGGAUUCGGCUCCUCCCCUUUUGCUACUCCUCUGAAAGAGGGGAGGGUUACGCUUCCCUGCCGCGCGGCGUUGGUGAGUCCAUUAAUGGGGUUUCUCACCCAAAGCUUCUUCAAGUUGUGUUGGUUUCUCCCCUGAUUCCUGGGAACACUGGUUCCAUAGCCAGAACAUGUGCUGCAUCGGCUGUUGGACUACAUCUAGUUGGGCCAUUGGGAUUUAAGGUGGACGACACGAAAUUGAAGCGCGCUGGUUUGGAUUACUGGCCAUACGUCGUCAUUAAAAUUCAUAGCACGUGGGCGGAUUUCCAAGACUACUUCAAAAAACAGGAAGGAGAAAAGCGGCUGCUCGCGUUCACAAAGAGAGGAACUGCAAUUCACUCGGAGUUUUCAUACAGGCGGGGUGAUUACUUGUUGUUCGGGUCGGAAACCAGUGGCUUACCAGCUGAAGCUCUUGAGGACUGCAAAAACCAGCCAUUUGGGGGAGGGACCUUGAGAAUUCCAAUGGUUGAAACUUAUGUUAGAUGUCUCAAUCUCUCAGUAAGUGUUGGUAUUGCUGUAUAUGAAGCUUCGAGACAGCUAAACUAUGAGCAACUUCAGUUUCCAGCAGAGGGUUGUAAUAACGAUGAACAAUCUGUCAUUACAGAGGAUGUGUUUGCUUGACUCGUUGAUAUGAAAUUUUGUACCAUUUUCAUUUUAUUGAAGACAGUGAGGGGCAUUUGUUUUGAAAGAAAUAUUUUUACCUUAUCUUUGUUGUACUGGUUGUUGCGUCCGAAUUCAAAUCUAUGAUGUAGAGAUACUUUAAUCAUCGAACCA